ACCAUGGCGCGAGGAAUGAAAGUGGCGGCCUCGCCGUUAGUUGGUGCCGGGCCUCGGGACUGGGGGCCCCGGGGCCGCGGGGCAGCGUGGCUGCUCCUGGUCCUCUCCAGCUGCGCAGUCUGCGCCUCAGCUGGAAAUAAGAUCCAGGUGGUCAUGCUUCAGGAGUCCCGAGUUCAUGAUAACAAUACCAGCCAGAAGUUCUGCUAUAAAAACAUGCUUGCCCCCAAAUGGCAUGAUGUGUGGACACGAAUACAGAUCCGGGUGAACAGCUCCAAGCUGGUGCGAGUCACUCAGGUGGACAGCGAGGAGAAGCUGAAGGAGCUGGAGCAGUUCAGCCUCUGGAACUUCUUCUCCUCCUUUUUAAAAGAGAAGCUGAAUGACACCUACGUGAACGUGGGGCUGUACAGCACAAAAACCUGCCUCAGGGUGCAGACGGUGGAGGACGACACCGACUACAGUGUCUCGGUGACCCGGAGGUUUGACUCCAGACUCUUCCUAGUUUUCCUCCUCGGACUUAUACUGUUUUUCUGCGGAGACUUGCUGAGCAGGAACCAAAUCUUCUUCUACUCCACCGGGAUGAGUGUGGGAAUUGUGGCCUCGUUACUAAUCGUCAUUUUUCUGCUGUCCAGAUUGAUGCCCAAGAGAAGCCCCAUUUACUUCAUCAUUGUGGGAAGCUGGUCCUUUUCUCUGUACCUCAUUCAGCUGGUGUUCAGAAAUUUACAAGAGAUCUGGAGGUGUUACUGGCAGUAUCUGCUAGGCUACAUCCUGGCGGUCGGGUUCCUGAGCUUCGCCGUCUGCUACAAGUACGGACCCCUGGAGAAUGAGCGCAGCAUCAACCUGCUGACGUGGGCGCUGCAGCUGCUGGGCCUGGGCCUCAUGUACGCGGGCGUCCAGAUCCCGCACGUCGCCCUCGCCCUCAUCGUCUCCGCCGUGAGCGCCAAGUACCUGGAGCGGCCUGUGCAGUGGCUGUGCACCACCUACAGGAAGUUGUGUAAGGCAACAGAAAAGGCUGCCCCCCCCCGCCUCCUGACAGAAGAAGAGUACCGGACCCAAGGGGAGAGGGAGACCCGGAAGGCCUUAGAGGAGCUUCGGAAGUACUGCAACAGUCCGGAUUGCUCUGCUUGGAAGACUGUUUCUCGAAUCCAGUCUCCAAAGAGGUUUGCUGACUUUGUGGAAGGCUCUUCGCACCUCACGCCGAAUGAGGUUUCUGUCCAUGAGCAGGAGUAUGGCUUGGGGAGCAUCAUUGCCCAGGAGGACUUCGACGACGAAAGCUCUGAGGAAGAGAACUCAGACUCCCAGUUCCCCGCCGUCACACAGAACCACUCCCUGACUUAGCGAGCACUGGCUGCUUCCACAUGGACUCACUCGGCACCUCGGGGCCCGCCGCCUCUGCAGGGAGCAGCUCCGUGGCUCUGGACGGGAGCGGCGGUGCCAGGACCCCAGCUCAACUGGAGACCCGAGUCGGCCUGCUGGGAGUGGUCUUGGUGGCCUCGCAGGGCCCUGGAAGGGAGCGGCCAGAGCAGCGGUGGCUUCCACGGGCUGAGCUGUCUGCCCUCAUGUUGCCAGAGACACUGGACAGCCGCAGCUCCCCCGGCAGCCUGGCUCCUGCUGGUUAGUCGUGGUGCUUCUGCCUGGGGCUGGCACCCAGACUGAGGCCUGGCCCCGUGCCGUCUGCUUCAGGCUGUGGGCUCUUUCUUCCAGAAAGAAAUCUACAGGCCCAAACCUGCCCCUGCCCCUUUCAGCUUUUA